AUGCCAAUUUCGCUGCUCCUCUCCGCCCCCCUCCCCUGCCCGCCGCCGCCGCCGCCGCCGCUCCUCCGCCACGGCUGCCGGCGGGUCCCAACGCCCCUCCGCGUCUCCCUCCCGCCCCCGCCGCUCCGCGCGGCCCUCGCCGCCGCCAGUGGCGAUGCUGGCGGGCGGCGGCUCGUGGGGACGCGCUGCGCGCGGGCGGCCGCGGCGGUUGGGGUUCCAGGGGGAGGAGGCGAUGCUGGGAGUGGGGCUGGCACGGGGAUCACCGCGGCUGCGGCGGCCACCGUGGCGCUCGCGGUGAUGAACCGGGUGCUGUACAAGCUUGCCCUCGUGCCGAUGAAGAACUACCCCUUCUUCCUCGCCCAAGUUCUCACGUUUGGGUAUGUUGUAGUGUACUUCUCUAUUCUCUUCGUAAGAUAUCAGGCAGGUAUUGUCACUAAGGAAAUGCUAGCGCUUCCUAAAUCGCGCUUCAUGUUAAUUGGCUUACUAGAAGCAAUGGGUGUUGCGUCAGGCAUGGCUGCUGCAGCUAUGUUACCCGGGCCAUCUAUUCCAGUGUUGUCUCAGUCUUUUUUGGUAUGGCAGCUUAUUUUAUCAGUCAUCGUUUUGGGAAGGAAAUAUAGAGCAAACCAAAUUCUUGGAUGCUUGCUUGUUACAACUGGAGUAAUUCUAUCAGUAGUGAGUGGAGCAAAUGGUGGUUCAUCUCUGUCUGAUGUCAAGUUUUUUUGGCCAGCAGUUUUGAUGGCUUCAUCUGCAUGUCAAGCUGGUGCAUCUAUAAUCAAGGAAUUUGUUUUCAUUGAUGGUGCCAAACGCCUUGAGGGAAAACGGCCUGACAUAUUUGUGGUCAACUCUUUUGGGUCAGGAUUCCAGGCUCUUUUUGUUUUGCUACUCCUGCCGUUUCUCUCUAAUUUGAAAGGCAUUCCAUUGACUGAGCUCCCCGCAUAUGUAAACCGUGGUGCUGCAUGCUUUCUGAAUGUUGGUGGCAAUCUGAACGAUUGUCCUGGAGCCCCUUUGCUACCACUGCUCUUCAUAACCAUGAACAUGGCCUUCAACAUUUCUGUGCUAAAUCUGGUGAAGAUGUCUACAGCACUGGUUGCUUCGUUAACAGCAACAUUAGCAGUACCUCUUUCGAUAUACGUCCUGUCGCUUCCUCUGCCAUACAUGCCUGGAGGAACAAGUUUAAGCACCUCCUUUUUGGUCGGCGCUGCUGUCUUGGUGCUUGGGUUGCUCCUAUAUAACCUUCCUCAGAACUCAGCUGAUCAAGUGAAGACAGAGUGA